AUGGGUCGACGACUGAGAGACACCAACGUCAACCCCACAUAUCUGAAAGCAGAGACAGAGCCUCAAUACCCGAGGUUUUAUACUCGCGUGAAGGAUUCCGAAGAGCUUCUAAAAGCGGAGGCCCAAUAUCCGAACGCAUACAAAUUCCUCGACGCCAUGCAGGAGGCCCGCAACAGGCGACUCUUCAAGACCAAGAAAGGGCAUCUCAGCUCGACGAGGCCGGGUGUGAUGCCUGAUGAUAUUCUGAUAGCACUGAAUGGGGCGCCGAUCCUAUACGUGAUCAGACAGGUCAAGGGUGCUGUGAACGAUGAACCGGAGCUUUGGGAGUUUGUAGGCGAUGCUUAUGUCUAUUCUUCAGAAUGUGAGAACGACGAGGAAUGUACUCUGAAACGCAAGUUCCCUAGCGCAAGCCAGAAGGAAACGGCUUCGCAAUCGACUUACCGACCCACCUAUACCUAUGUAUUCAACCGAGACUGGCGAGAAGGCUUGAAGUUCGAGCGCGAAGCCAUGGAGAAGGAAGCCCGGAAGAAGGAACUGGCUUAUCUGGGAGAAAGUUUCGUAUUUGUUUAA